AUGAUUAAUAUCGCUACACAGAAGCCCCGGUACUUGACGGAAACCAUGGUGACCACUUCUGAAUACGACUGUGUAUCGUCUAGUGAGCCAUCUACAUCUUCUCUCGACUCCAAUUCCAAUGGUUCAGUAGAAUUCAGAUGUCACGAUGAUGGCGCUACUGACUUCAGCAAACACCGUGACGAUGCUUCGGACCUCAGCUACAGACAUCAUUCAUUAGGACGAAGGAGACGCUACAUCAAGCAGAUUCCAAAGAAGAAGCACACGAUGACAAAGAUAACCAAGAUAAAGUUGUCGCGGAAUUAUGGCAAAGUCAUUUCAAAAGAGAUCCCAAUUGGAGUUCAGCAACCGGUCAUAAAGAAGCAGGAGAGGAGUCGAGUCCUGACAUCGACCAGAAAAACACUGGACUUUAUACACUGCGCGCCUUCUGGGAGCAAAGAUUCUGAGAAGGAAGACAGUGAAGAAGGCUACAGAAGGUCGCCAGAUACCCCUGCCAACGUGGAGAGUUGUCGUUACAGUAUCUCCGAGUUCGACUAUCCCGUCCGCUUCAACGACGACGUCUUCUCGAACACGCUACUCAACUCUCGAGUACCGUGCUUGACGCCACCGUUCACAGACGAGUGCUACAGCCCGAAUGACCAAGUUCUGAAUGAUUCUGACUUCGACGACGAUGAGACCGAGUUUAUGAAUGCCACGAACAAGAUCUACGAGAACCUGUCGUCGGUGUUUCUGAAGGUGGAGCCUCAGGACCAGAAGACGGUGGAGAUGCCUCAAACCCUGCCUCCCAGAAUCCAAGUCGAGGACGAGGCUUCGCUCUAUGGUAAGUUUGUCGAGAGUGGCAUUACGUCACAAAUCCACAUUAAGUUGGCACUUGAUUCAGCGGCUUCUUAGCCUUGUGCAAACAGCUUUAGCCUUGUUUUAAUUAGAUAAUUUUAUGCUUUAUAACAGUAUUUUAGGUAAUAAUUUUGAUUUGUUUCAGGACGUUUAACAGCUCUUCUCCUCACAGAAGCCAAGAACGACAAAACUAAAAGCAAGAAGAUCACUGAGGUGCAGGAAGAGGUCAAGAUCAUGUUUGGCAUUCCAAGUAUCUUUGACCUGAAGCUGGACGACGACUUGGCCUUCAGCAGGAAUUGUGCCAUUCUCGGUAAGUUGCAGUACUCUAUACAUUUUUGAAAAGUUUAACUUAAGUUAAAGUACAUUUAACAUUUUAUGAACAAAGGUAAAUUCUAUAAAUUUUCUGACCUUUUAUGCAUAUUAUCCAAACUUGUGUCUCAGCAUGUAACUCCACGGUGCUGUAGGGUAUUCAGAAGCGGCGGCGUAGGAUAGGCGAGAGACUAAUCUGAUGGCGCAACAAAGAAAUAUUAGUUAAACUGUUAUAAGCCUGUCUUUGGACUAGCCGAACAUCCCCAGGCUAGGAUUGUUCAAUCUCUUAAAUAGAUUUUGCCACAUAUAGAAAAUACAGUAACCAUUUUGCAGUAAAUUUGUUUUAAUUUAGACUAAUGAGCAUGUUUUUGUAAUUUUUAUGAUUUUUUAACAAAAUUACAGUAUCCUUCGUGGUAGUUUAUCCAAAAUCCCAAGAAUUAUGAUGUCCACAAUUGUCCGGGCAAUUUACCGGCGGUAAUCGGUGUCUGUGAUCUUCGCUAAUUACUUUGUUAUCCUGAGCCACUUGUUAGUUUACCAAGAGUAACAUUAAUUUACACCUUUUGAAGUGUUAGCGGGUUCCGGCUAUACCUCUUUUAUGUAACAAUAACCUUUACUUCCCAAUAAUUUACAUCAAUCUAAUGGUCACGUCUAUAUUAUAGUAGUUGCUACAUUAACAUAACUGUUACCAUGACUUCUAUAUUACAGUAAUAUCUAUGUUAAAAAACUGUUACUAUGACUACACUUUGGUAUCUUUUAUGGUCAGAGUCUCGAGACAGAGCGCUGUUACCUAAUCGACUGUUUGAUCAAGAAUCUGGCCUUGACUUUAGCGGUCGAUUCCCACCUUUCCGGUCAAAACAACUUAAUUGAGGGUCAUGGGAUUGUAAAAUACGUUUAAGUUACGAUUUAAUUCAUUUGAGGUACUAUUACUACGAAAUUAAACCUAUAGUUCUGUCACAAACUCUAUGAUUAUUUAAAUUUUUUGAAAGUUGGGCCGAAACUCUAUUUUGAAAAAUUGUGCUUUAAUCAUACAGUAUACCUGCAUUGAUUCUACAGUACACAGUAUUGUUUCGAAGCUGACCUCGGAGUAUAAAUUCAAUAAAAUAUGUUAUCUUUGAUCUGAAUUACACCUGUCCUCAGCCCGGUGUCGGUCGUAAAAGUGGUCAAAAAUACCGCCACAUUUUACUGCCGGCAUCUGAAUACAGGUGCCAAUUGGGUCUCGACUUUAUGACUCAAUUAGCGACUGGUCGAUAAUUGUUGCGCAACAAAGAGGCUGAAUUCAAAAUUGUUUUGGUUUUAACACUACUGUGUGAUUCUAAAACUACUUUAAUAUUUUAAAUAUGGUAAUUAAGCAAAGCCCGUUUCAAACAAAAAGUUAUAAUCUAAAAAUACAAAUAUGGUUUUUGAAAUUUAAAUUUUGAUUUCAAAAAAAUUCAAAUGGCAAUAAUUGCUAGUCCAAACAAACAUUGUAGACACUUGUUUAAACAAAUUAACCAAGGGCCGAUCGUAUUUCAGCUACAAGUGGCAGAUUAAUGUUUGGCUAAUGCGCAUUUUAAUGGUCAGAUAGGGUCACAAAUUAAACGGUCUAGAAUUACAUAGCUGUGCCCACAUUCCAUUCCUCUGCUUUCACAUACACACACAAUAACACAAAAAAUAAUCCUAAAAUAAAAUGAACACUUAUAUUAUUCAUAUUAAUUAUAAUAAAAUUUCAGGUCAACUAGUAGCAACUAAUCUCCGUCAAUUACACUCUCAAUCACCUCAAGAGUUCUCACUUCAGGUGAAACGGCUACACAAACUACUGUACAGUCUGAAGAAGAAGAACGCCUUCCUUUCCGGCGUCGGCCGCUUCGUUCAAAGACUGUUCCGUACCGUGUAG